AUGUGACAGCUGAGGCAGUAGGUGUAGCUAUUGCUGCACCUCCAUCAGAAGGGGAGGCCAAUGCAGAGCUGUGUCGCUACCUCUCUAAGGUGCUAGAAGUGAAGAAGAGUGACGUUGUUUUAGAGAAGGGUGGUAAAUCACGUGACAAAGUGGUGAAGAUUUUGGUAUCCAUGACACCAGAUGAGAUUUUAGAAAAACUGAAAAAAGAAGCUUCCAGUUGA